CCUGGUUCAAAUCUUAGCCCUUCCUGUGGCUGUUUGUUUCCCACAUGCUUGCAUGGACUUUCAGAAGAUUGUAACCAAAACUAACAUAUGACGUGUUAAUUGUUGCAAUCGUAUUUGUGAGGUGAAAUACUUUUUCAGUGAUUUGACUCAACUUUUUUUUUUACUCCCAUUCAAAUGAAGUUAAAUCGGUUUACCGAGGUUUUUCUUUAGCAUUAGUACCUGUACAUCAAGUUCAGAACAUAAUGCUUUUGUCAGCUCAAUUUGAUUGAAGUGGUUCAUGGCUAUAUUUCAGGCUUAAACUUUGCCAUUUGACAGCAUCAUCCUUUAGGUUAGCUGCUGCUCGCCAUGCAAGCGGCAAGGCCAGAGAGGGAGGACAAGGAGGAGAAAGAGGAGGAGAAAGAGGUGGUUGUGGUGCCUGCCGGGGUGCUGUUUGGAACCCAAUGACUGCAGCAUAAUUAAAGAUGGCGGAUUCGGAGGAAUUUAGACUCAAGCGAUUAAUGCAUGAGCAGCAGCAAUCCAGAGUGUUUGACCAGGUGAUGGGCUUGGGAGACUUUGCUGAUUCCUCUCAAGGCUCCAACACCUCUUCGAAGAGCCCCGCUCUGGAGGAGACAAAGGCCAUGGACGAAGUUUCGGGAAUAGAGGAGCAUCAACAUCCAGAUGAGGACAACAGCAACAGCAGCAGUCGGCAAGAUGAAAAGAUGGAUGAGGGGGCGGAGGAGUCGUUAUCUCCUCGCAUUGCUUCCCCCGUCGCUGAGCAGUCCUCCUCGUUCACCGUGGGGCCCAGUGAAGGAGGAGGAAGAGGCGAGGCAGCAUUUGAUGAUGCGUUGGACGGCCUUCCUUCAUUUGGUCCUGAAGAAGAAGAAGAAGAAGAGGAGGAGGAGGAGGACGAGGAGGACGAGGAUUGGCACUUUGCUCUGCCGGCAGAGACACUGCAGGAUGACGACUGUGUCAAAGCCAAAUGCAAAAACAAUCAAUCGCGAGAGCAACAGAGCAAAAUCCAAGACCGUCCCAGAGAAGAUGUGGACGAGGAGCAAGAGAGGGAAGCCACAAGCAGCUCUGCAAACACGUCCCACUCAUCCAAGGACAACACACCUGAAAGCAGCCAAGAGGCAACAAUUGUGAAUCGGAUGGAGAAAACACAAGACGGCCGGCAAGGAGAGCGGUUUGAGCAUCCUCCCGUGGAGGCCCGCAACCCUCCGAUGUCUCCCAAUAUCACCAUUAAAGAUGAGCCAGUUGACGAGGGAUACAAUGCUGCUGUAUUGCCUCAGAGCACCGUCAGACAGGUCAAAGAAGAACUCGACCAUCAGGAGGAAGAACUUCGAAUUAGCUCCGUUUACUCUGUUGGCGGCGGUAACACGCUUGCGCCCCCUGUUGCCCAUCAAGUGACAGCUCCCGCUCCCCCGCAAGCAACCCUUGCUUUCAUUCCAGGGAGAGGCGCCCUUCUCCAAGCAGUGACUCCCCUUUCUGUCCGACCUCCGACCGCAAUUCCGACUUCCCUUUCGUCCCUGUCGCCGAUAUCGCUUCGACCCCCUGUGCCGACCAUUCCCGGCAGCGUUCGCUGCAGUGGCUGCUUUAAGGUUCUGCUAAAAGGUCAAACGGCAUUCCAAAGAAAAGGUUCAACACAGCUCUUCUGCUCCACUGUCUGUCUGACGGGACUUCUUCCCACAACAAGCAAGAACCAAUUAUGUUCUUUAUGCAACUGUGAGAUUCUUCGGGUUCGGGACACGAUAACAAUUCCAGCCGACGACAACACCUACUUGCACUUUUGCGGCCAACACUGUUUAUCCAUCUUUAGACACAGGACCAAAAAAAAUGAAAAGGCCCCUGAAAAAGUGGUGGAAAAACGGCCAGAGAAGAAGAUUGAUAACCCGCAGGAGAAGUCCGAGAAUGUUCUUUGUAGUGUCUGCAGAAUCCCCAAUCGGAUCGAGCAUGAAGUCAGCCACCAAGGCCGUCUGCACAAACUGUGCAGCGAUGCUUGUUUUGUGACAUGGCGCAAGAUGCGACAGUUAGCCAUGAACUGCUGUGAAGGUUGCGGGCUGUAUUGUAAUAGUAGUUCCGACUCCUAUCAUACGCUAACAAUCGAAAAAUCCGAGCUCAACUUUUGUGGUCCCACCUGCAUUGGCACUUACAAACAGUCUUGCCGAAAGACAAUUGAGUGCGCCAGAUGUCAAAAGUCGGCAAUGGUGUCGGUCACCAUCAUGGAGCGAGACGAUAGGGGAAAAGUUCAACUUUACUGUUCGCCUAUUUGUGUGCAAAUGAGCCGACCACAGCCGCACACGCUAACCGGGGCUCCAUUCCCAUGCUGUCUGUGCAAGAAUGUAGCUGUUCCUCAAUACCACCUGGCAAUGGUGGACGGCACCAUAAGGAACUUUUGCUCCUAUGAAUGCGUUUCUACUUUCAGGAGAGCAGGACACACUGGGUCAGAUUUGAUCAAUGGAAAACCGUCUCCAAGGGAUGCCACACGACUCGGGUCGUCUUCCGGAGCCAGCUCGGUUCCUCCCAUUCCUCAGGACUACCCAUCUCCAGCCCCCUAUCCAAGCCACCAUGGAAGUAACAGCUCAGUGCCCCCUUUGGUUCCUCCGUCGCUUGGAUUGACCUCAAGUGCGCCAGGGCAAGGCCACCCCCGAACGCCCGCCGCUCAUUCUCUAAAAGCAGCUGAGGGUGAAGCCAGCGAUAGCCCCAAAGUCACCUGCCACCAGUGUACCAAGCAGUUCACCACCAAGCCACUGCUUUUUGGCCACCAAGAUCGGAUUUCUGUCUUCUGCUCUAUGAUAUGUUGUGAUGUGUAUAAAACACAAAACAAUAUCCUGGUCAUGUGUGAAGUUUGUAGGAGGGACAAAGUGCCCUUUGACACCAUGCACUACAACGGGAAAGACAUUUUCUUUUGCAGCAAACACUGUAAACAAAACUUCAAAUUGUGCAUCACCUCGCGUAACAAGGACCCGCCCUGCCGUCCCUGCAGCUAUUGCUACGGCAUUAGCCAAAAGAUGUUGCAUAGUCACUAUGGAGGCAAGCUGGAAGAGUUCUGCAAACCCCUCUGCAUGUCCCUGUACACCGUUCUCUACUAUGGGAUGGGUCGAUGCGACAGUUGUCAGAAGCAGGGCUACUUAAACGAGAAGCUGCAGUACAUAGGUUCGGUUCGGAACUUCUGCAACCUGACCUGCUUGCUCCAAUACUGCUUCCUGAAUUUCCAAUCCACCCAGCACACUGCCAGUAACGGUACUGGACCAGAGCCACCUCAUGCUCCAGCCCAGCCUCACCACUCCUCAAAAGCCAACCCAAUCAUAGCUGAUGUGGUGUCACUCGCAAACGGCUCUGCAACUCAGCCCAGUGUGCCAGCGUCGGGUGUUGCGCUGACUGGAGGCUUUCCGACCUCUGGUGUCGACGGCAAGAGUCUUGGUCAUGCCAGUACUCAAACGGACACCACGCACGGGCCCCCAUCCUACCGACGUCAAAUGAAGAACAAGUCAGUUCUUUGCCGGCCAUUCACAAUGGAUCAAGAGAGCUUAUGUCUGCUUCUCCGACCGUCCACUGAUUCUUCAGAUGACAUCACAUCAAAUGACUGUGGAAACGCUGUUAAAAAGAUGAAGAAGGACCAGGAAAUAGCGCCAUCACCACCCUCAUCAAACUGCUCCACAGAGGAGGACAAAGUGAAGAUGCUCAUGGUGCCAGUUCCUGUGCCAGUCUUCAUCCCAGUGCCCAUGAACAUGUAUUCCCAGCACACGCCUGUUCCAAUGCCUUUGCCGAUUACGCUUCCCGUGCCCAUCAUUAUACCACCACCGAGUAAAGAAGUGACAGAUGCGGCCAUCCAGUCGAAUCCUUGGAACGAAGAUGAAAAGCAGGAUCAUGUCGAGGUCUCCAUGGAACAGGAAGUGCUAUUCCCCGUUGUUGUACCACCGCUAAGCAAAGCUACGAAAGAUGCAGCUGUCCAGUCGGAUCCUUUGAAACGACAAACGGAAGAGCAGAAUCAGGCUAAGAUGGCAUCACAAAUCAAAGAUGUCAAAGAUGUCGCUGUCCAGUCAGAGCCAACGCUGGUUGCACAAGUUCCCUUGCCCGUCGUGCCACCACUGAGUAAAGAUGUUCAAGAUGCAGCUGUCCAAUCCGAACUUUUCAAUUUCACAAAGCAAAAUGAUUUGGAGCACUCCAAAGAAGAUCAAAUCCCAUCCAAGGUCCCCGCACCCAUUUCUGCGCCACCGCUGAGCAAACAUGCAAUCACCGAUGACGUCCAGUCAGAUCGUGUGGAUGUGGAGACAGCCGCUGCUGCCGCCGCCGUCCGGUCUGACACUUCGGAUGUGGAGACGGCAGCCGCCGCCGCCGUCGUCCAGUCUGACUCGUCGGAUGUGGAAACAGCAGCUGCCGCCGUCCAAUCAAACCUUCUGGAUGUGGAGAAGGCCCAAACUGUCCAGUCAGAUCAUUUGACUGCGGAGACCGCUGCCACUGUCCAAUCAAAUCCUUUCGAUGCGGAGACAGCUGCUCCCGUCCAAUCGGAUCCUUCGGAUGCGGAAGGCGGAACAAAGAUGGAUUUAGGAGGUGCAACAUCAGAGGUGGUCGCAGCACCAGUCCAGCAACUUGAGGAGAGUCCAAACACAGCACCAAGCAACAUUUCCCCUCCUUCGGCUAGCAAAAGGGAGCCGAUUCGUACCUUGCGCAAAGGCAGGCCAAAGUCCAAAGCGACGACGUGUGAGCAGCAAGAAAGUGACGCUGCUGAACAACAGCCUCCCUCCUCUCCCAUGACUGACUUGGAGUUUGACUUCCCGGCAGAAACGUAUGAUCAGAAGUCGCCGACCCCUCCGCGGGGUGUGAAGAGGCCCCGAGAAGGUUACACUGGUCGGAAACGGGGGCGCAGGCGAACCACCCCGUUAGAUGGCGGCGCCGUCGCGGCUCCGCUCAACUUCAACUUGAACUACAUGUACGGCGUUAAAGCAUGGAGGAGCUGGGUGCUGCAGCACAACACGCAUUCCAGAAGAUCCAAUCCCGUGAUUGUUAAAGAGGACAUUCUCCAGUGCGAUUCCGCCGAGCUGAGCUACGCCCUGUCUUGUUUUAUCAAAGAAGUGCGUAGGCCCAACGGCGAGUUCUAUAGCCCUGACAGCAUUUUCUACCUCUGCCUGGGGAUACAGCAGUAUUUAUUCAUCAAGGGCCGCAUUGAGAAUAUUUUCACCGAUGAGCUAUACAGUCAGUUUGCUCUGGAGAUCUCCGGGAUGCUGCGACUCUGGAAGCCGAAACAGCUGCCCAACGGUAGCCCCGUGUCCUCUCGAGUGGAGGAGUCCUUCCUGUGGGAGUGUAAGCAGCUGGGCGCUUACUCCCCCAUCGUGUUGCUCAACACGCUUCUCUUCUUCUACACCAAGAACUUCCGCUUCACCACUUUGGCACAGCACCAAAGCCUCUCCUUUUCCAACUUCAGUUUGCACACCAAACCCUGCAGUCGAGCGGGCAAAGUCCUCUACCUCAAAUACCGGCCAAGCGGUGCCGCCGCCGCCGCCGCCGCUGCUGCUACGGCUACUUCCAGCCGUGCAGAGACGGCGGAGCGAAUGAAGAAAAGGCAAGAGAAGGAGGAUGGGGACAUAGAGAUGGUAGAAAAUGUUACCAAUCCUCUGCACUGUCCUGUCAGACUCUAUGAGUUCUAUCUCUCCAGAUGCCCGCCAACAGCAUUGAAGAGGACUGACCUGUUUUAUCUCCAGCCUGAACGCAAUGUCCACACACACAGUUCCCACUGGUAUACUUCUCACGCACUACAUCACACAAUUCUGCAGAGCAUGCUCACUCGCAUCUUGGCGGUCAAAGAAGUUCAGCGGUAACAGGAGCCAAUGGCAUCGCAGUUGACACUUUUUGGAACGGGACUGUGUUUUCACAGCAUGGCGUAGUAGGCAUAAGCACACGUGCAAACACAUGCCAGAUGUUGGCUUGAUGUGAAGAAGCGGGCGGGCGGGCCGUGGUGCUUUCAAGGACACAAUGGAUAUCUGUCUCAAAGAUGAGCUCUUUGUUAAUUGGAUGCCUGCUUCCUCCGACCAACGCUCCUCCAGUUUGCUCCUGUUUCAAAUAAAAAAGGAGUGUCCCGGACUAUUUGAGUUCUCCUCUUAUUCCAUCCAUCCCUGUCAAGACUUUCCACAUCAGAUCCAAUGGUGGAUUCUUUCCUUUGAUUCUGCAGUCCUCUGAAAGCUGUGCCGCGUGUCUGUCAGAUUGCUGCUGCCGCUGCUGCUGUACUGGCCUGGCCUUCUUUCUCCCCAACACCAUCAAUGGAUGACAUCAUAGAAUAGUUUGGGUUAUGGGAAAAUGAGAAAAUUCAAAUAUGGUGAUGUCAUCAGCUGCAUGUUGAAUGCUCGAGGAAACUCAACAGUGCCUCAUCUGAUAAAUUGCCCAUCAUUCUUCGUCCCUUUUGCGGUGGCCCGACAUAAAUUCUUCUCUAUAGCCAUGAA